UUCGGUAGUACAGGCAGGUUAAUUACUGAUGGCAAACUAUUAAAGCUGCUGCCACAGUAGUGUGGCCAGAUGUCUGUCUAAAGAAUUUCCAGUCAGGAUGCAGACUCCCAAACUUGUUUUGUUCAUUGUGCUAAGUGUACUAACUAACUUGGAACAAGCUGAAGGACUUUACAGCAGGCCAGUCCUAAAAAUCUUGCCCAGUGCCUCAGUGUGGCCUGGUGAGGCUGUGAUCCUGCAGUGCUUAGUUCAAACAAAGCAGCCCCAAGUGCACCUGAAGUAUCGCUUCUUCAAAGACUCAAAGGAGCUCAGGUACACUGGAUCUGUAGAAAGUAUGAAGAUCAUUGCAGCAGAACCAGCCAACGCUGGGAACUAUCACUGUGAGACAGAGGAUGAAGAAGAGGGCAUGAAGAGAAUCAGUGUUCCUGUGGUGCUUAAAGUGGAACAUGGUAAAGUGAAGCCUAUACUGAUGAUGAAGGACAGAAAAUCAAUUCUUGUACCCUGUGAACACUUCAUAAUUAAGGAAGGAGAAAGCUUCACUCUGAAAUGUCAGAUCCCAGGUGACAGUACUGGAUGGAAGUACAUUUGGCACAAAAACAUCGAUGAAGGCCUUCCAGCAGAUGGAUGCCAGAAAUAUGGCCUUACAUACUCAGUGAAUUUUGCAAAGCCAAUACACUUUGGAAAGUACCGGUGCCAGGGGUGGAGGGACAACUUUUAUUCAGACUUUAGCGAGCCUAUCAUGGUCAAUAUAAUAGGAAACAUUUAGAGAAGACAUCAUAUGACUGAGCAGCAGAGGAUAUGACGUCUUAAAAUUAUACGCCAAGGUGGAAGAAAUAAGAA